CAAGUAUAUAAAAGCAGCUUCCUUCUUGGUUCUAGUUAUCAGUUGACUGCAGCAAUUCAAGUCGCAUAGACCGAAGUAAAGUGGGAAGUCAAGAGCUAACUGUAAUUUUUUUAAUUCAAAAUAAAGCAACAAAAUAAAACCUAAUACAAAAAUGGCCUUUUUCAAAUCUUUGGUGUGUUUGGCUGUGUUAAGCGUUGCCUCUGCUGGCAUUCUGCAUCAUGGUGGACACGGUGCCGGUUUAUACGCUGCUGCACCGCUGGCGGUUGCACAUGGACCUGCCCACGAUGAAGGACUCGACUAUUAUGCCUACCCCAAAUACCACUACAACUACGGUGUUGCCGACUCACAUACCGGUGAUGUGAAGUCACAGCACGAAGUUCGCGAUGGUGAUGUGGUGAAGGGCUCUUACUCGCUCGUCGAACCAGACGGUUCGGUGCGCACUGUCGAGUAUACCGCCGAUGACCAUAACGGUUUCAAUGCCGUCGUCUCCAAGAGCGCCCCCACCAUCCAUCAUGCCGCUCCAGUUGCUGUUGCGCACGCUCCCGUACUCUCUCAUGGUCCAGUAGUUGCGCACCAUGUUGCCGCCGCUCCAGCUUUAUCAUUGGCGCAUCACGCUCCCGCCGCCUACGGAUAUGCCACCCACGAUGCGCACGCCCAUGUCUCUCACUACUAAGAUAGCGAAAUGAACGCACGCUAAUAAUGGACCUGACCCCACUCCAAACAAACAAGCGUUAGAAUUUAUUUAUUAACGAAUAUCUAAUAUUAAUAUAUUGAAAAUCCCAUGCUACGAUGACGACCGAAAAAGUGAAAGGAGAAGAAGUGGAGAGGACGAGAUGGUGUAUCAUAAAAUCGCGAUUACUUAUCGAUCUACCAAAAGUCGGCCGAUAUUUCGGCACCGGAGCGCAGUGUGUGUAAAUAGGGAUUUCAUAAAUGUCUUCACAAUACAUACUCUACAGCCAUAUGCUUUCAAUACUCUCGUAUUUUUAUAACUUCAUCUGCUCUUUUCAUUAUCGUUCUCUAAAGCUAAUGCAUGCAAACCUGUAAUCUUGGCAAUAAAAACACUGCCAUUCAUACGAGUAAAUAUGUCCCUCGAAUCAGUGAUAGACCCUUAUGUAUUUUGUAAAUAUUACUUAGAUCUCUUUUCGUCCCCGUAAACAUUUCGCCCCACGUCGCUAGCAUUUCCAUGGCAUCUCUCAUUUCUCUCACCACCUCUUAAAUGCGAAUACACGAAAUAAUCGACAUACGUAGCUGCUGAUCACCGCCACUACACCCACCUUCAAACUUACUCAUUUCCACUCAGUCAUUUACUCAAUUACUCACUCUCUCACUAGAUUAACAGGCUCACUUAAGCUCAAAGAAUACUCCCACUUGCCACGAUAAUUAAUCUUCUGUAAAUUAGUUAGGUAAAACGACAAUAUUGUACCUUAAAAACGCAUAUAAAAGAGAAAAGUCCAAGCGGUAGAAUUUGUAAAAAGUCGGCAAAUAGAAAAGAAGUCCGUAAGAAUAUAAAAAUUGAAUGCAAGCAUAUUGGAGAGAUACCUGUACACUAUGGAAUAUAAAAUAAUUCUCAAUAGUGGACAUGUCAUCCCUGUUAAACAAAUGUAAGCAAGUUUUUAUUCUAAUUGUAUUAUAUUUUUUUUUUGUAUCUGCGUUAAAUAUUAAGUGAUUACAUACAUA